AUGGCGGCGCCAGGUCCCGGUCGUUGUCUCCUGUCGCUGCUGCUGUUGCUGGCUUUGGCUACGUUCGGCCUCCCGCCACCCAUCGCGGCUCAGCCGCCGCCCGCUGCUCUUCGCGCCGGCCAUGCUGCCUCCUCGCUGCCCGCUCCGGCCGCCGCGCCGCGCCUCAGAUACCUUCUGUAUGAUGUGAAUCCCCCUGAAGGCUUCAACCUCCGCAGAGAUGUCUACAUUCGCAUUGCUUCCCUUCUAAAGACCUUGCUGAAAAGUGAGAACUGGGUGCUAGUUCUGCCUCCCUGGGGACGUCUUUAUCACUGGCAGAGCCCUGACAUCCUUCAAGUCCGGAUCCCCUGGUCCGAGUUCUUCGAUCUCCCAAGCCUUAACAGGAACAUCCCUGUCAUUGAGUAUGAGCAAUUUCUUGCAGAGUCAGGUGGGCCCUUUAUUGAGCAGAUUUAUGUCCUACAAGGCUACGCAGAAGGAUGGAAAGAAGGAGCAUGGGAAGAAAAAAUAGAUGAAAGGCCAUGCAUUGAUCAGCUUAUGUACUCCAAAGACAAACAGGACUACUACAGGGGAUGGUUCUGGGGUUACGACGAAACUAGGGGCCUGAAUCUCUCUUGUCUGUCUGUCCAAGGAUCUGCCUCUAUUGUGGCUCCCAUCCUUUUGAAGAACACUUCAGCACAGUCAGUGAUGUUAGACAGAGCUGAAAACCUUCUUCAUGACCACUACGGAGGGAAAGAUUAUUGGAAUACCCGUCGGAGCAUGGUGUUUGCUAAACACCUCCGCGUAGUGGGAGACGAGUUUAGAAGCAAGUAUCUGCAAUCCACUGAUGAGGCAGACAGGACUCACUACAAGGAGGACUGGACACAGAUGAAGGUUAAGAUGGGCACAGCUCUAGGUGGUCCAUACCUUGGGGUUCAUCUCAGAAGGAAAGACUUCAUUUGGGGUCAUAGAGAAGAUGUACCUUCCCUGCAAGGAGCAGUAAAGAAAAUCCGCAGCCUCUUGGAGAUGAAUAAACUUGAAAAGGUUUUUGUAGCCACUGAUGCUGUUGAGGAGGAGAUUGAAUUACUCAAGGAACUGCUGCCUGAAAUGGUGAGGUUUGAACCCUCUUGGGAGGAGCUAGAACUCUACAAAGAUGGGGGUUUGGCUGUGAUUGACCAGUGGAUCUGUGCACAUGCAAGGUAUUUUAUAGGCACCUCAGUUUCAACAUUUUCCUUCAGGAUCCAUGAGGAAAGGGAGAUCCUGGGAUUUGACCCCAAAACAACUUACAACCGAUUUUGUGGUGAAAAAGAGAAAAACUGUGAGCAACCAACUCACUGGAAAAUUGUGUACUAAACUAUAGAGAAAUCCAAGGACUUCAAUACUGGGAGAACCUCAUGGCACAGACCUGCUGCUCCAGGGAGGACUCAAAGUGGCCCCCAGCAGGACUCCAUUUCGUAUAUGCCCAAGCUGGAUUGAGGCUCGUGGUCAUACAUGGUAACUCAGUUGAAACCUUUCUGGACUGAGGCUCCUCAGUAACUGAGGGGGGUCUUGCUUGUUGCCAGGACUCACUCACCCGUAAGUUGUUAGUGUUAUCAGGACAAGCAUACCUGCCACACAGACUUUCUUUGGAGUUCUGAGGAAGGGAAGGAGCAAUUCAGACUGUCGUAAAUGUAACACAGCUGUGGUCUGUACUGCAUUUCUAUACUUUUGGUUCAGUGUUUGCCUUUCUUAUAGCGAAAAAAUACACCUUGGUUUGUAACCUGCACUACAUGAGCUGCAGAUUAUGCAUAAACUCUGCCAUUCCUUGGGGAAACCUUCUCUUUUCAAAUAGUAAUUCAUGAACAUUCACAUUGUCUGAUGCAAUCAGAGCUUGAUAAGAGAUGGUAUUUCUACCUGAACACCACUGCUUCUAAUAGCAGUCAGCGGGUCUGUGCUGAGAGAAGCACAGAAAUGGGGCUUGUAGGGUGGUAAAAGAAAGGGUUUGUUUCUUCUUGUGCUGUACCUUCACAAAGGAAAUAUUUUUUCCCCCUUAUUGUCCUCCCAAAGGCCUGUUCAGCUGGACUGAUGCCAAGGUCAGCACACUUUUGGGAUCACCCAGUCAGUCAGUUCAGCAACAGUGGUGCUUUGCUAGGGAGCAUGCCAAGAGACCUUCCAAGUUUCCACAGAAGUUAAAUGGGUCAUCCCAUUUGUCUAAGGGAGCAAACUGAGGACAAUCAUAGAUAGUGUUUGUGAGCCUUGGCAGUCAGGAACCAUGGAGGUGAGGUUGGCUGUGCUCUGAUGGAGGUGGCUGGCUCCUGGAAAAGGGCUCCACACUGCACCACCAGCCAGAGGGAAAGAGCAGCUCCUGUUUGAGGAGGGUUCUGUGUGAAUACUACUCCUGGCUGUUGCAGGAGUAUUUAGAAUUUGCUGCUGGGAAGCAUUCUGCUCCCCUGUGCUGUGGGGCUUUUGCCCUGUGGGUUUGCAUGGCUCUGUUAGGCAGGAGAAACCCUUUUCCAAAGUGCACCAGGAGACAAAUUUCAAAGAGGGAAAA